AUGCCGACUCCGAGUGACAACCAGCCGACUUCGAUCGCCGAGGUGAUCUCCACUCGCACCUGUCCACCGGACCUUGAUCGCAUCUCAGCCUGGAGAGACUCGCCGGAUUCCACCGGCUCGGCCAGCGAUGCCCUCGAAGAUAUCCUCUCACCCUCGGGUGCUACUGCGCCGACCGUGCUGAGUCGGACCGAUGAAGGAAGUGCGCUAUUAGCGCCCGAGACGCUUAAAGUGGAGCAGAAGUUGUCUGCUCGUACGGACCUUGACAUAGAGCGCGAUAGAUCUGUCUCACCAACGGAUCCACGCGCCCGAGAUUCGUCGUCGCCGGCGAUGCCAACGUCGUCGCUGAUGCGGUAUGAGUUUUCAAACGUUCGGCUCCUACCAAACCAUACCUCGUCGUUUCUUCGCUCCGGAUGCCGGUUUGCCGGUACGCAGAUGUCGGAUAAACAAGUCUACAAUGUCGAUGUCGAGAUCAAGCAUGUGGACGUAGCCGAGUCCUAUCUUUGCGGCUAUCUGCGCAUUCAAGGCCUCACUGAGGAUCAUCCUACUUUGACCACAUUUUUCGAGGGAGAAAUGAUCGGUACCAAGCACAGUUUCAUCACACGCAACGAAGAAUGGGGCGCCAACGAAAAGACGGACAUACACCACUGGUCUCGGUUUCCUGCCUGGAAACCGCUAGCUAAACAAGCGAAGAAGACCGACUUCACGCUGCGCAACUUCUCCCAGAAUGAGCAUGUCUUCAUGCGGUGGAAAGAAUACUUCCUCGUCCCGGACCACAGAGUGCGCACGAUCUCCGGCGCUAGUUUCGAAGGAUUCUAUUACAUCUGCUUCAACCAGAUUCAUGGAACCGUCAGUGGCGUGUACUUCCAUGCAAAGAGUGAGCGAUUCCAGCAGCUUGAACUUAAGCAUGUCGAAGAUCGUGGAUGUGCGCCAGCAGUCGAGUUCCGUUAA